AAGUAGUACAUGCAGUACUCACAUGGCACCACGUGCAACACCAUGGCAUGGCUCUCGCUCGACCCCCCAUCACCACCACCACCACUACCGCCAUGGCCAGGUCUGCACAACUCGAGUCGAACCUUGACGCGCCAUUGCCAAGACCCGUCUUACAUGUGUACACAGCACAUCCACGGCUAGGCACUUCUAGCGGCCCUGCAUGCACAACGAAUCGCCAGUCUGCCGCUCUCGCUCUCGGCCCAAGCGCUGAUCCCCGUUUACAAAAAGCCCAUCAACACCCUGGCCAUCAAAUUGGCUGCUCUCGACACCUGGCAAAUGCAAAUGCAGCCGAACAGGACGAGGCUACUUCGUGCCGCCGCGAACUCAUCUUCACCUCCCACACCAGCCCCUCUGACACUGACAUGGACAUGGACAUGGACCUCCGCCUGCCCGCCUGUUGUCGUCGUCAAGUCAACCCACGCACCGGCAAACGGCACGCCACCAUUGGCCCUCCAAUGCCCAAAAGCCGCCAAAUUUGCCCAUCGUACUUGAGAUUUGCCCUGAUUCAGGUCCCCGCACAGGAGCGGGUGGAGUGGGAAAAUUGCUGCAAAAAUCUCGUCUGACUCUUACCCACAAACACAGGUCUCCCCCCCCCCUCCCUCCCUCUGAUCAGCCCAAAACACCUGGCCCAUGUGAACUAGGGCCACUGCCCCUCACGUCAAAGGGGGAGGGUAAAGGGAAACUCAGAGUGCAAACACCAUCUUCC